AUGUACUCUCCCAAUUACACUACAAAAAGAAGGAAUUUCCACAAUCAUUCCAACUCCUACGAUAAUCAAUAGCAUAACAAACCUAUAAAACCAACCACGCACUUUUACAGCGAGUAUUCCCCCAGUCAUGGCAAUAUUAAUGUAUUUCUUUCACAUUACCAACUUAUUAUAGUAUUGAGCAAAUAUCUGGAAGAGGAUGACAAAUUCGUUGCCAACCCUUUGAAAUCCAUCCUUUUGGACUGUUAGGAAUUUACACUUCACAAUAAAUUCGAAUGCUGCAUAACAUUAAAAUAAAAGGAAAAACUAUUUCGCUAAGUCAUCAACGCAACCCAAUAGUCUUUAUUCCGAGAUAAGCAUUUAUUAGUUCGUAAAUUAUGCUUGUUACACAGCUAUUUCAAUCAAGAGUAUUAAUCAGUAAUUGAUGAUUUUUUGCAGUAACCAAGAGUACAACUUAAAUAUUACCAUCAAGCAUUUAGAUUUUUGGCUGAUUUCUUGGAUCAAUUUGAAGAAGGGAUUAAUCUCUAUAAAAAGUACUUAAGAGAAAAUCCAGAUUCCAUUGAAGGUUAUGACUGUCUCUGUGAUUUAAUUCCCUCUCUACAAGUUGAACUUUGGAACUAGUUCAUAAUCGAUAAUCCAAACAAUAGAACUGGGUAUUUGAGAUUGUUGAACAUUCAAAAUGAGGCUUCUGUGUUGAAGUUGUUUAUAAAGAAUAAUCCCAAUGAUCUCUAUGGAUUUGAAUAGUUGUGUCUUCUCGAUAGAGAUGAGAAUCAAUUUGAUUAAUAUUUACUCAAGUUUCCUGACAGUUUAGAAGCCCAUAAUAAAAAAUGUUAAAUCGCCUUUCAAUUGAAGGGAAAAUUUAAUCCUCAUAUCCUUUCUGGUUACUUAGACAGUUUAGAUAUUAAGGAGAUUUGCAAAAUAAUAUAUUUAGACAUCGACAAUUGUAAUUUUCAAUUGAUAUUUGUAGAUAAAUCAUAAAAUUAGUUGAUCAAAGGGUAUGAUUUAGAAAAAUUAAAGUAUCUUCUUUCCUCAUACAUUUGUAAUCAACCCAUAGUGGAGAAAUUGAAUUUGUUGAAUACUAUUGAAUAGAAGAAGAAACUUAUAGUUCAAAAUGAAAUAUUUAAUGAAAUAAUGAACAUUAUCAUACCAAAGAUUUAUGAUAUUAAUCAAAUGGAAUAAUUGAUCUUAUAAAAUCCAAACGACAUUAAGUUCUAUAUUGAUAAGGCCAAUUAUUAUUAUAAAUUGAAUCAAUUGGAUUUGGCAUUGAAAGUAUUUGAUGAUUACAUCAAUUUGUAUCCAUGUUAGUUUAAAGGAUAUGAUGAGAAAGCCUAAUUUAUGAAAUACAAAUGCAAGCCAAUUCAAAUCAAAUAACAUUGGGAGAAAUUCAUCUAGGCAUGUCCGAAUGAAGAGCAGAACAUAUUGUUGAGGAAGGCAGAAAUACUGACAACUGUAUUGAAGUAGCAUGACAAGGCUAUUUCUUUAUUAGACUAACAUAUAAAAUUCUACCACGGAGAUGAAAAUGGUUAUUUAGCAAAAAUCAAGUUAUUGCACAACUAAGGAAGAUAAAAAGAGCUUUUAGUUACGAUAGAUGAAUACUUCUAAUUAAAUCCAUAGAAUGAGGAGAUUCAAUUAUUGAAAGUUUAAAUGCUCGUAAAGCUAUAUUCCAAUGACAUAGCAUUAUAAUUCAUUGAUUCACUGCCAUAUUAACAUUCAUUGAAGUUGGUGGAGAUGAAGGCUAAAAUACUAGGCGAGAAGAAGAAGGAGGAUGGACUGAAGGUAUUGGAGGAGUACUAGAAAUGUAAUUCAAAUUGUAGUAAAGCGAAUAAAUUAAGGAUUUAAUUUAUUCGAGAUUUCUUUGGAAAUUCGUACAUUCAGUGUUUGAGAGAAUUAAUAAAGAAUGAUCCAGACUCCAUCAAGGGUUACAAGUUAUUUUACAAGCUGACUCUGGAUGAGCAUACAUUAUACGAUGAAGCCAGAGAUUGGAUUGAUUUCUACAUAGAGACUCACCCUGAUUAGAAGGAGAAUCAUAAAAUUCUAUUAAAUAUGUUGACAAAAAUGAGAUGUGAUAAUCUUAAUUAAGGGUGA